CACGUGCUACUCUAGAAAAAUCUUAUCAAACUGCUGCACAUUACCAAAUAAAUACAAAACAUACACAAAACAAACAGAACUAGUAAAUCCAGCACGCAAAAACUAGUGGUUUCUUAUAUUUUGCAACCUUUUAAUACCGAUCAAUCAUCAAACAGCGCUUGGAAGGGAGGGAAUUUGUCAAUUACAGAACAGUGAAGAAUGGAUCUUUCAGACGACGAUGAAGACAAAAAAAGGGAUCCGUUGAAACAUAUGAAUUUCCAAGAAAAACUGAACAAUGUUUUGGGCAAACUGAAAAUUAACGCGAGCGCAAAACAUUUGAUUAAUGCCACGUUUUACUCGUGGGAAAGUUUUGAUAAUUGUCGCGCUAAGAUUCCGGAAUCAAGUAAAGAAGAACUUCGGGAUUUUUUUGAAGAGUUCAAGAUAAAACGUGCAGCCUUGGUAGUAAAGUUGAGUGAAAUCGGCAUCGAAGCAGAAAAACUCGAGGAAUCAGAUUUCAUUUACCACUGGUUUCAAGGUACAGAAAGUUUGGAACAUUUUCUGAGCUCCGAAGAAACACAAGAAUGGUUCACGGAAAGUGAGAUUACGAAUAUUCGUCUCAAUGUAUUAGACUGGAAUGACGAGAAGGCAACGAGUGAAACUUCGGUUCAGUUGACUGAAAUUGAUUCGGAGAAGCGGCUGAAAAGUGAAGUUUUAGAAGAACUGAAGCCAGGCUUUUCUCAAAUGCAGUCUAGACCUUCCAGUUCGUUUCAACAAGCUUCCAGAUUAAACAUAUCAAUUGCAAGCUCUCAAAAUCAACAGAACGAUCUCAACAAGGUGUCAUCUGUACACUCUGAUCAACCAACCACAGUAUAUUCUUCAAAUCAAAAGCCUGAAAAAGAAGAAAAGUUGAUUCCAACAACGAGAAACACCGAGAGUGGCAAUGCGGAAAACGAAGGACGAAGCUGGGUCGAGUCGAAAAAUUCUAUUUCAGUGGGCAAUGACUUCGAGAAAACAGAACUCAAUCAAAAAAAGACAACAAACCGCCAGGAACCUACAAUAAAUGACAGGGCAGAACGUGAGAGCAAAAAGUAUGAACUGAGUACAGUCAGCCGGACUAAUGAAGACCACAAAAAUCUGACAAUUACGACUGAACAAACAUAUCGGCACGUAGAAGACGAUAAAAAGGAGAUCCAAACAGAAGCUUCUACUUCUGAAGCACAUACGUCCAAAUCUUCGGCCACAAUGAGUUCAGAUCAGUCUGAUGCAAAAACUUCAACAUCUUCUGAAGAAAGCAAUGCGGCAAAGGAUGAAACAAGCUCUUUCGAAACGCAACCUGAAGCUUUUCGUCCUGACGGUCGUAAUUUUGAACAAACGCAACUCAAAUCACUUGCAUCCAAAUCUUCGGCCACAACGAGUUCAGAUCAGUCUGAUGCAAAAACUUCAACAUCUUCUGAGGAAAGCAAUGCGGGAAAUGAUGGUGCAAGCUCUCUCGAAACGCAACCUGAAGCUUUUCGUCCUGACGGUCGUAAUUUCGAACAAACGCAACUCAAAUCACUUGCAUCCAAAUCUUCGGCCACAACGAGUUCAGAUCAGUCUCAUGCAAAAACUUCAACAUCUUCUGAAGAAAGCAAUGCGGCAAAGGAUGAAACAAGCUCUCUCGAAACGCAACCAGAAGCUUUUCGUCCUGACUGUCGUAAUUUCGAACGAACGCAACUCAAAUCACUUGCAUCCAAAUCUUCGGCCACAACGAGUUCAUACAAGUCUGAUGCAAAAACUUCAACAUCUUCUGAGGAAAGCAAUGCGGGAAAUGAUGGCGCAGGCUCUCUCGAAACCCAACCUGAAGCUUCUCGUCCCGACGGUCGUAUUUGCGAACAAACGGAACUCAAAUCACUUGCGUCGGAAUCUCCGGCCGCAAUGAGUUCAGAUCAGUCUGAUGCAAAAACUUCAAGAUCUACUGAGGCAAGCAAGGCGGCAAAUGAUGGUGCAAGCUCUCUCGAAACCCAACCUGAAGCUUCUCGUCCCGACGGUCGUAAUUUCGAACAAACCGAACUCAAAUCACUUGCGUCCAAAUCUCCGGCUACAAUGAGUUCAGAUCAGUCUGAUGCAAAAACUUCAACAUCUUCUGGGGCAAGCAAGGCGGCAAAUGAUGGCGCAAGCUCUCUCGAUACCCAACCUGAAGCUUCUCGCCCCGACGGUCGUAUUUUCGAACAAACGGAACUCAAAUCACUUGCGUCGAAAUCUCCGGCCGCAAUGAGUUCAGAUCAGUCUGAUGCAAAAACUUCAAGAUCUACUGAGGCAAGCAAGGCGGCAAAUAAUGGCGCAGGCUCUCUCGAAACCCAACCUGAAGCUUCUCAUCCCGACGGUCAUAAUUUCGAACAAACGGAACUCAAAUCACUUGCGUCCAAAUCUCCGGCCGCAAUGAGUUCAGACCAGUCUGAUGCAAAAACUUCAACAUUUUCUGAGGCAAGCAAGGCGGCAAAUGAUGGUGCAAGCUCUCUCGAAACCCAACCUGAAGCUUCUCGUCCCGACGGUCGUAAUUUCGAACAAACGGAGCUCAAAUCACUUGCGUCCAAAUCUCCGGCUACAAUGAGUUCAGAUCAGUCUGAUGCAAAAACUUCCACAUCUUCUGAGGCAAGCAAGGCGGCAAUUGAUGGCACAAGCUCUCUCGAAACCCAACCUGAAGCUUCUCGUCCUGACGGUCGUAGUUUCGAACAAACGGAACUCAAAUCACUUGCGUCCAAAUCUUCGGCCACAACGAGUUCAGAUCAGUCUGAUGCAAAAACUUCAACAUCUUCUGAGGCAAGCAAGGCGGCAAAUGAUGGCGCAAGCUCUCUCGAAACCCAACCUGAAGCUUCUCGUCCCGACGGUCAUAAUUUCGAACAAACGGAACUCAAAUCACUUGCUUCAAAAUCUCCGGCCGCAAUGAGUUCAGACCAGUCUGAUGCAAAAACUUCAACAUCUUCUGAGGCAAGCAAGGCGGCAAAUGAUGGCGCAAGCUCUCUCGAAACCCAACUUGAAGCUUCUCGUCCCGACUGUCGUAAUUUCAAACAAAUGGAACUCAAAUCACUUGCGUCCAAAUCUCCGGCCACAAUGAGUUCAGAUCAGUCUGAUGCAAAAACUUCAACAUCUUCUGAGGCAAGCAAGGCGGCAAAUGAUGGCGCAAGCUCUUUCGAAACCCAACCUGAAGCUUCUCGUCCCGACGGUCGUAAUUUCGAACAAACGGAACUCAAAUCACAUACGUCUAAAUCUUCGGCCACAAUGAGUUCAGAUCAGUCUGAUGCAAAAACUUCAACCUCUUCUGAGAAAAGCAAGGUGGCAAAUGAUGGCGCAAGCUCUCUCGAAACCCAACCUGAAGCUUCUCGUGCUGACGGUCGUAGUUUCGAACAAACGGAACUCAAAUCACUUGCGUCUAAAUCUUCGGCCACAACGAGUUCAGAUCAGUCUGAUGCAAAAACUUCAACAUCUUCUGAGGCAAGCAAGGCGGCAAAUGAUGGCGCAAGCUCUCUCGAAACCCAACCUGAAGCUUCUCGUCCCGACGGUCAUAAUUUCGAACAAACGGAACUCAAAUCACUUGCUUCAAAAUCUCCGGCCGCAAUGAGUUCAGACCAGUCUGAUGCAAAAACUUCAACAUCUUCUGAGGCAAGCAAGGCGGCAAAUGAUGGCGCAAGCUCUCUCGAAACCCAACCUGAAGCUUCUCGUCCCGACUGUCGUAAUUUCAAACAAAUGGAACUCAAAUCACUUGCGUCCAAAUCUCCGGCCACAAUGAGUUCAGAUCAGUCUGAUGCAAAAACUUCAACAUCUUCUGAGGCAAGCAAGGCGGCAAAUGAUGGCGCAAGCUCUUUCGAAACCCAACCUGAAGCUUCUCGUCCCGACGGUCGUAAUUUCGAACAAACGGAACUCAAAUCACAUACGUCUAAAUCUUCGGCCACAAUGAGUUCAGAUCAGUCUGAUGCAAAAACUUCAACCUCUUCUGAGAAAAGCAAGGUGGCAAAUGAUGGCGCAAGCUCUCUCGAAACCCAACCUGAAGCUUCUCGUGCUGACGGUCGUAGUUUCGAACAAACGGAACUCAAAUCACUUGCGUCCAAAUCUCCGGCCGCAAUGAGUUCAUACAAGUCUGAUGCAAAAACUUCAACAUCUUCUGAGGCAAGCAAGGCGGCAAAUGAUGGCGCAAGCUCUCUCGAAACCCAACCUGAAGCUUCUCGUCCCGAGGGUCGUAAUUUCGAACAAACGGAACUCAAAUCACCUGCUUCCAAAUCUCCGGCCACAAUGAGUUCAGAUCAGUCUGAUGCAAAAACUUCAACAUCUUCUGAGGCAAGCAAGGCGGCAAAUGAUGGCGCAAGCUCUCUCGAAACCCAAUCUGAAGCUUCUCGUCCCGACGGUCGUAAUUUCGAACAAACGGAACUCAAAUCACAUACGUCUAAAUCUUCGGCCACAUUGAGUUCAGAUCAGUCUGAUGCAAAAACUUCAACAUCUUCUGAGAAAAGCAAGGUGGCAAAUGAUGGCGCAAGCUCUCUCGAAACCCAACCUGAAGCUUCUCGUCCUGACGGUCGUAGUUUCGAACAAACGGAACUCAAAUCACUUGCGUCCAAAUCUUCGGCCACAACGAGUUCAGAUCAGUCUGAUGCAAAAACUUCAACAUCUUCUGAUAUUGACAACCAAAAUCGCGUGACAGGUGUAUGGAAACAGACUAACGGAAGUGAAGUAAAAAUUGUCCCACUGAUUGUAUGCUCAGAGAACAUGAACCUAGGCUGCAACCAACUCAAAGGCACUGAACAUUUGUUUAGAGGGUUUUUCAUGAUAGUUAUAAAUGAUGUCGAUGAUAGCGAUAUUGAUGAAACAACUCGCGAGUUUGAGAAAAAGAUGAAACUUAUCCUCAACAGGAGUCAAAUGAACUUCUUAUCGACCCUGUACGGAAGUGGAUAUAUUAUUUUUCCUUUUCCAAUGUUCAGCACCAAGUCAUACUACGACGCGACAGAAGAACUACAUUCGACCGUGUGCAGCUCAGUUUCACCGCUAUUCAAAAAUGGAGAAGCAUUCAUGGGCUCUUUGAAAUUAAUAAUGGCCAAGUUAACAAUAGGCGAUUUCACGCCCCUUGGACGACAACAAAUUGACGAAAGACUCACCUUGAAACUUGUUCUGGUAACUGCAUCGUUGAAGCAGAUAUCCCUCAUUCUGUGCAUAAGUGUAGUAGAAAUAACUGUGACAGUGCUUGCAGUGUCGACGGAUGUCCCAACAAAUGUGAAUCUGAAGAUCAUUUCCAUGGCAACAGUAUGGGCUCUCGAUUCAGAGCCGAGCAGCAGCUGCUUGAUAUAA